AAUGUAUUUCCUGAGGUAUAGACUACCAUUAAGACCAUUCAUUCCUAACUACUGCUGAAACCUAUACUACUAAUAUUACUACUAUAUCAAGUACUAAUACUACAGUGUCAUUAGUUUUCUGUCAGGUCAGAUUUACCCUCGCUGGCAGAAUGUGGGGGCUGAUUUGUUGGGCAGUGAUGGCCCUGCAGCUUAACACAGCAGGUGCUGAGAACCCCACAGAUAUGGAGGCAGGGGUGGAGCCCCAGCCAUCGUGCCCAGCCGGGUGGCAUCAGAACGGGCAUCGAUGCUUCUCCUUCUACCCCGUCUGGGCCACCUGGGUCUCAGCUGAGUCCUACUGCUCCCAGCGUGGAGGGAACCUGGCAUCAGUUCACAGUCCAGAUCAACAGGUGUUCAUCCAGGACCUCGUCAGGAAACACACAGACCAACCCGUCUGGAUUGGAGGCUAUAACGUGGCUCAGGAGUGUUUGUGGCUCUGGAGUGACGGCUCAGCGUUUAAUGAUUUCCACUGGGAGGAGAAGGAGCCCAGUAACUCUGGACGAGGUGGGAGCUGUAUGGAACUACACACUGGAGGUGGGCGGAGCUGGAAUGAGGCCUCUUGUGAAGAGCUGAGAUUCUACGUUUGCUCGACGAAGACGAGAUCUGAUGUAAGGGCACAGUCCAGUCAGAAGAGAAAACCCCAGAUUGAGUUGGCUGCAGGUUUGAGUGUGUAUGACCUCCUCUGGGAAACCAGUGAGAGAGUAGCACAGGAGACCCUCUACUCUGCCUUCGCUCAGGGGAAUGUAUUCCAGACGAGGCGCUAUAUCUAA